GACUUGGGAGAAGUGGCCCCGGAAAUAAAACCAUCAGAAAGAGGAACAGCUUUGGCCAUUGCAGAUUUGGAAUGGAGAGAAAUGGAGGGAGAUGAUGGUGAGUUUCAUUAUGGAGAUGGUUCCAAUGAAACUCAGGACAAUGACUUCCUGACAGUGGAGAGAAGCCGGCUGCAAGAAAUGCUGUCCCUUCUGGGACUAGAGACAUACCAGACCCAGAAACUCAGCCUCCAAGACUCUCUGCAGAUCAGUUUUGAUAGCAUGAAGAACUGGGCUCCUCAGGUACCCAAAGAUUUGCCUUGGAAUUUCCUAAGAAAGCUGCAGGCCCUCAACGCCGAGGCCAGAAACACCACCAUGGUGCUGGAUGCACCCCCAGACGCCCGGCCUGGGGAGAAGGAGAGCCAGAUGGAGGAGGAGGUCCUUUACUGGGACAUGACUGACGACGUCGCUGCCGACAUCUACUCCUUCUCGGAGCUGCCCACCCCGGACACACCUGUGAACCCUCUGGACCUCCUCUGUGCCCUUCUGCUGUCCUCAGACAGCUUCCUACAACAGGACAUCCUGUUGAAAAUGUUCCUCUGCCAGUUUGCACUCCCCCUUGUGUUGCCCGACUCGGAAAACCACUACCACAUGUUCCUGCUGUGGGCCCUGAGGGGCCUCGUGAGGACAUGGUGGUCGCAGCCCCUGAGGGGGCCGGGGAACUUCAGAGAGGACAGCGUGACCCUCCCCAGGAUGCCGACUUUUGCCUUUGUGCGCAUGGAGGUGAGCAGCAACUCCAAGUCGCAGCUUCUCAAUGCUAUCCUCAGCCCGGGCCAUAGACCACGGGAUUGCUUUUGGCACCGAGACCUGAACUUGGGUGCCAGUCCCCGGGAAAUCGCAGAUGGGCUUGUGGAAGUCUCCUGGUUUUUCCCAAGCGGCAGGGAGGAUGUGGACAUUUUCCCAGAGCCUGUGGCCUUCCUAAACCUGAGAGGUGACAUUGGGUCUCAUUGGCUCCAGUUUAAGCUGUUGGCAGACAUCUCCUCUGCCGUGUUCAUAAUGACUGACAACAUCAGUAAGAAGGAGUACAAACUGCUGUUCUCUAUGAAGGAGUCAAACACGAAAUACUAUUUUAUCCUGAGCCCCUACCGGGGCAAGCGGAACACAAACCUUCGAUUCCUGAAUAAAUUAAUCCCUGUGCUAAAAAUCGACUACUCACAUGUCCUCGUGAAGGUCAGCAGCACAGACAGCGAGAGCUUUGUACGGAGGCUGCGGUCCAUCGUGCGCUGCGUGGUGAGGUCUCCCUGCAGGAGGGUGUCAGUGGAAGACAUGGCCAAUGCGGCCCGCAAGCUGGGCCUCAGAGUCGAUGAGGACUGUGAGGAGUGUCAGAAGGCCAAAGAGCGCAUGGAGAAGAUCACCAGGAAGAUCAGAGACCCUGAGGCCUACAAGAGAGAGGAGCUGCGGCUGCAAGGAGAGCCCUGGAGGAAGGUGGCUCAGGUGGAGAAGGAGCUCUGCCAGCUGCGGUGGGCUGCAGACCCGCCCGACAAGAGCAGGUCGGAGCUGAGGGGCCGGCUGCUGGAGCUGCGAGCUCAGCAAAACAGCCUGGACCCCGCCUGGGGGCUGCAGGAGUUUGUCAGGGGCAUCAGCUGCCCCUCGCCCGGGGAGAAGCAGUACUUCCUGAAGUGGAUGGAGCUGGGCCUGGCGCGCCUGGCCCAGCAGAGGCUGAGGCCACCUCCAGAGACUCUGCUUAGCCUGAGGGCCAAGCACUGUGGGGCCCUGGACCCCACAGAGCCCCUCUGGCCUGAUCCCUUGGGAGUGGGACACUUCCUGCGGGAAAUGGGCCAGUUCUAUGAAGCUGAAAGCUGCCUGGUUGAAGCGGGCAAGUUGUCCACAGGCCAGAGGCGGUUUGCCCACUUCCCAAGCCUGGCCUUGGAGCUGCUUUUCAGGGGGCUCCCCCUGGAGUUAGUGGAUGGGGGCAGCCUAAGUGUCCCUCUGCAUUGGAUCACGGGGCUGCUGAAGGAACUGCACACCCGGCUGGACAGGAGGUCACGCCUAGUGGUCUUGUCGGCUCUGGGGGUACCUGGUACGGGCAAGUCCACGCUGCUGAACACCAUGUUUGGGCUGCGGUUUGCCACUGGGAAGAGCAGCAACCCUCGAGGAGCCUUCAUGCAGCUUGUGGAAGUGGCCGAGGGUUUCAGCCAGGACCUGGGCUGCGACCACAUCCUAGUGAUAGACUCAGGGGGGUGGAUUGGUGGGGCCUUGACCGCGGCGGGGGAGAGGUUUGAGCUGGAGGCCUCCCUGGCUACUCUCAUUAUGGGCCUGAGCAACGUCACUGUGGUCAGCUUAGCAGAAACAAGGGCUGUUCCGCUGGCUCUCCUGCAUGCCUUCCUGAGGCUGGAGACCACGGGCCAUGCUCCCAGCUAUCAGUUUGUGUAUCAGAACCUUCACGGCUCAUCUGUCCCCGGUCCCCAGCUGAGAGAUGGGCGUCAGUGCCCAGAGCCACGGAGUGAUGGGGGCCUGGCUGUCGCCUGCAGGGAAACACGAGGGGACAGUGUGCGGACACUGGCUGACGUGGCCUUUGGUGACCCUGAGAAACAGCACGUCUGGCACAUUCCUGGCCUGUGGCAUGGGGUGCCCCCUAUGGCUCCCGUGAACUUGGGGUACAGUGAAGCCAUUUUUGAAUUGAAGAGAUGUCUGCUAGAAAACAUCAGGAAUGGUCUGUCCAAUCAAAACAAAAACAUCCAACAGCUCAUUGAGCUGGUGAGGCGUCUCUGA